AUGAAGCGGCGUAAGAACGGUAACAAGCAGUAUUUCACUAGAAUGGGUACUAGGAAAAAAGUUCAUGCAUUUGUCCGUGUCAAACCCACCGAUGACUUUGCUCAUGAAAUGAUCAAAUAUGGAGAUGACAACAAAAGCAUUGAUAUUCACUUAAAAAGAGACACACGGAAAGGAGUUGUCAAUAACCAGCAGACGGACUGGUCAUUCAAGCUGGAUGGAGUUCUCCAUGAUGCCUCCCAGGACGUGGUUUAUGAGACAGUUGCCAAGGAGGUGGUUUCUCAGGCCCUCGAUGGCUAUAAUGGCACCAUCAUGUGUUAUGGGCAGACGGGAGCUGGCAAGACAUACACCAUGACGGGGGCAACAGAGAAUUACAAGCACCGGGGGAUUCUCCCUCGUGCCCUGCAGCAGGUUUUUAGGAUGAUCGAAGAACGCCCCACACAUGCCAUCACUGUGCGUGUUUCCUACCUGGAAAUCUAUAACGAGAGCCUGUUUGAUCUCCUGUCCACUCUGCCCUAUGUUGGACCCUCAGUCACGCCAAUGACCAUCGUGGAAAACCCUCAAGGGGUCUUCAUUAAGGGCUUGUCGGUUCACCUCACAAGUCAGGAGGAGGAUGCAUUCAGCCUCCUUUUUGAGGGAGAGACCAACAGGAUUAUAGCCUCCCACACGAUGAACAAAAACUCUUCCAGGUCACACUGCAUUUUCACCAUCUAUGUGGAGGCCCAUUCUCGUACCUUAUCAGAUGAAAAGUACAUCACUUCCAAAAUUAACUUGGUGGAUCUGGCAGGCUCAGAGAGGCUGGGGAAAUCUGGGUCCGAGGGCCGAGUCCUGAAGGAAGCCACCUACAUCAACAAGUCACUGUCAUUCCUGGAGCAGGCCAUCAUUGCCCUUGGGGACCAGAAGCGGGACCACAUCCCAUUCCGGCAGUGCAAGCUCACCCAUGCCCUGAAGGACUCAUUAGGGGGAAACUGCAAUAUGGUCCUUGUGACAAACAUCUAUGGAGAAGCUGCCCAGUUGGAAGAAACGCUGUCUUCACUGCGGUUUGCCAGCAGGAUGAAGCUGGUCACCACUGAGCCUGCCGUCAAUGAGAAGUAUGACGCUGAGCGAAUGGUCAAGAACCUGGAGAAGGAACUAGCACUGCUCAAGCAGGAGCUGGCCAUCCAUGACAGCCUGGCCAACCGAACCUUUGUAACUUACGACCCCAUGGAUGAAAUCCAGAUUGCUGAGAUCAACUCCCAAGUGCGGAGGUACCUGGAGGGAACACUGGACGAAAUCGAUAUAAUAAACCUCAGACAGAUCCAGGAGGUAUUCAACCAGUUCCGGGUAGUUCUGAGCCAACAGGAACAGGAAAUAGAGUCUGCUUUGCGCACGAAGUACACACUCAUAGACAAGAAUGACUUUGCAGCCAUUUCUGCUGUUCAGAAGGCGAAGCUCAUGGAUGCUGAUGGCCACCUAGUGGGUGAGCCUGAUGGACAAGGCUUCGGACUCGGGCUUGCCCCUUUUUCUACCAAACCUGGGAGGAAAUCCAAGUCCAAGAAGACAUUCAAAGAGCAGCUCAGCUCCUCAGCAAGAAAGGAAGGUGCCAGCAGCCCUGUGAGUGGCAAGGACUUGGACAUGUUUUCCACCUCCAAGACCCAGCUUGUCCCAUUGUCCAAGGAUGGGGAUGUCAAAGACAUGCUUCUGCGGGACCGAGAAACCUCCAGCACUGAGCCACUUCCCUCAGACUCCCCAAAGGAGGAAUUACGCCCACCCAGGCCCAGCACCCCGCCCUCCAAGCCCAUCGCCUUUCAGGAGUUCAAGAAUGAGCGAGGUAGUGAGAUAAAUCGCAUCUUCAAAGAAAACAAAUCCAUCUUGAACGAACGGAGGAAAAGGGCGAGUGAGACCACACAGCGCAUCAAUACUAUCAAGCGAGAGAUUGACGUGACCAAGGAGGCACUAAAUUUCCAGAAGUCACUACGGGAGAAGCAAGGCGAGUAUGAGAACAAGGGGCUGAUGAUCAUUGAUGAGGAGGAAUUCCUGCUGAUCCUGAAGCUCAAAGAUCUCAAGAAGCAGUACCGCAGCGAGUACCAGGAUCUGCGUGACCUCAGGGCUGAGAUCCAGUACUGCCAGCGCCUGGUGGAUCAAUGUCGCCAUCGCCUGCUCAUGGAAUUUGACAUCUGGUACAAUGAGUCUUUUGUCAUCCCUGAGGACACGCAGAUGGCACUGAAGCCAGGAGGCAGCAUCCGGCCAGGCAUGGUACCUGUCAACAGGAUUGUGUCUUUGGGAGAAGAUGACCAGGACAGGUUCAGCCAGCUACAGCAGAGCGUGCUGCCCGAGGGCCCUGAUUCCAUCUCCUUCUACAAUGCCAAAGUCAAGACAGAACAGAAGCACAAUUACUUGAAAACCAUGACGGGCCUCCAGCAGACACAUAGAAAAUAGAAUGUCAUCACCAGUGCCUUGAAGGACAAGACCAGAAGCUCCAACCCGCUCUAGUGGAGCUGCCAAGCCCUGUGCCCAGAGCUCCAACCACUCUGUUCCAAGGCUGGGACCCAGCCCGGAGCACAAUGGCCUACCUGCUAAGAGGAACAUCCUCCCAAGGACACCCUUCCUCAUCUCUACAGAGCACUGUUUUAAUUCACUAUCUUA